AUGCGGUAAGCCAUCAAUAAGUGUUGCUUUUUUUAUUUUUCUCGCACAUUCAGUUUUCUUAAUACUUUUUUUGAAGUCUUUUUGGUUAGAAUUGUCAAGUUUAGUAAAAUUUAGAUGAAUUUGAUAAAAGAAAAAAUCGAGUUGAUUGAUAGGAGCUCAUCAAUAUCAACAUCGACAACAGAACCGGCGAGAGUUCGAUUUCGAAGUCAAAAAAGUGUAUGGUUAACAAGCGGUGAUUCACAGUAUGUUUUAUAUUUGAACUGGAAAACAGAUGAUUAAUUAACAUUAUUGAAUUUCAGAGCAUAUGUAUUCAAAUUAUUCACAUGUUUUUAUGCAAUAUUUAUCGUUAUAGCUGGAAUUGUGAUUGAAUUAUCAAAUUUAAUUGGAACAACGAAUACUGAAACAAAAACAAGUUUUAAAGAUUUAGUGAGUUCUAAUGUUUUUUUUCAAAUUAUAUUUAAAAUAAUUUAGGUUUUGGGAAUAUGGUUGUUUGGAGGAUCAAUCGCUUUUAUAAUUUAUUGUGCAUAUUUAGUUUAUCAAAUGCAUCUUCGGGUAAUGCGACAUAGGCAAACUAUUCGUAGAAGUGGAAAUAGUCUUGAAGAACCAGAACCUGAAGUUUUGGCAAAUACAUCAACUGGAAGUUUGUAUCUUCGAAUCGGAUGUGUCAUUUUUGGAAUGAUUGGGGUGGUUUAUUAUUUAUUGAUUUUCAUUAUCUGUAUUCUUGGGUGGACAUCAAAUGAGGGAGAAUGUACUGUUAUGUAAGUUUUUUUGGAUUAUCUUGUUCAAUAUAAAACUAUCUUUUCAGUGCUGAUUCUUUGAAUAUGGCAGCUGCAGUGUUUUUAUUCUUACAAAUGUGGUUUGUCUAUUGUAACGGUAAAAUAGUUUUCACCGGAGAUGGAAAUUUGGCAAGAUUCGGAUUGAUGCAUCUAACUGGAACAAAUCUUUGGAUGUGGCUUCGAUAUAUUCUUUACGAAGAAGUUGAGACCAUCAAAGAAAUCAGACACCACGAGCAUCUUCAUUCUCAUCCCAGAAUAAGAGAAACUAACGGAACUGACCCGGAAGAUCCAUGUCAAGGAGUAUUGUGUUUAUUCAACGGGUACAAUGAGUUUAUGUGAGUUCUUUUGAAACCUAAUUUUCUAUUUUUUGAACUUUUUAGGUACACAUGCGUUGUUGAAUACUCCUUGAUAUGCGCUGGUGUUGCAUUUGUUUUCUGGACAAACAUCGAACGUUUCAAUAGAGGUCACAUUGAAACAAAAAUGAAGAAAAGAAGUAUUUUGAAAAUCGACUGUUCUCGAACAUCUGAAGGACUCUUCGCCGGUUUCGCUUGUAUAAUAGUCACCAUUAUCUCCAUUGCUCUUUUCAAUGCAUAUUCAACGAAAAAAGACGUUGCUCAAUGGAUUUUUGCCUGCACCAACAUGAUGUUCUUCCUCGUUUCAACAAUUUUGGUCAUUUUCGCGUUUUGGAGAAUGAAAUUUUUAAAAUUUCUGAUUGAAGACGACGAUGAGGAAGAUGACAAUGCUGAACUUCUUGAUAGAAUUCUUCUUGUUGUUGGACUUAUUGGUGAACUCAUUUUUGCUAUUGGUGGAAUUCUCUCAUUUGUGAAUAAUAUGACAAUUGGCCUUCCAUUGAUAAUUUUCAUCACAAAUAUUCUACGAUUAAUCCAAGUCACACUUCAAAGUGGAUUGAUUAUUGUUGCAGCUAAACUUCGAAUCGACGCUAACGAUGCUCAUAUGUUACGAUACAAACCAGGAAAACAGGUAUUUAUGACUCAUUUCCGUUUUUUUCGAGACUAAUCUAAAUUUAAACAGGUGAUAACAAUGUUGUUGAUGAUGAAUUGCGCUCAAUUUUUGAUGAAUAUUUUUGAAGCACAAAAAGCUGGAAUCAACGAUGAGAUGAUUUCAAUGUAUGGAUCUUAUUAUUGGGCAAUCAUUGUUCGCGGCUGCUCGCCUUUGACUAUUUUCUACAGGUUGGUUUUAAAUCCUUUAUUUCCCAUAGAACAAAAAACAUAAAAUGAAAUGAAAUGAAAGAAAAUUUCAGAUUUCACAGCUCGGCAUGUUUUGCAGAAGUUUGGAAGAAGACAUUCAAACCACCAAAGAAACCGAAAGGGAAUAAUUCUAGACAUUUUUAA